CACAGCAUCAACACCAAAUAAUGGCACCUACAAUCACUGCAGCGAUGACCAACUCUCAGGAGCAUCUGGCUCUGAACCACAAGCUCAGAAAGCCUCUGGUGGAAAAGUUACGCAGAGAGCGAAUCAACAGCAGCAUCGAGCAGCUCAAGUCUCUCCUGGGUCCAGAGUUCCUCAAACAGCAACCAGACUCCAAGCUGGAGAAAGCAGAGAUCCUGGAGAUGACAGUUUGCUUCCUGACCCAGCUGCUGCAGCAGAAUCAGCAACAGAGACGACAGCUGAACCGUCUUAAAAGCACUAAGGCUUGUUUUGAUGACAACCUGACCAAGGCUGAAAUCUCUCUGAGCUCCACAGUUCAGAGCAUCACAGACGAGGAUCCCGAUUGUGAAGUUCUGUGGAGGCCUUGGUAGAAACCUACUGAAUGUAGAUGCUACUACAUCACAUUGGUCAAAUAUGAUUAUUCUUAGAAACAGAGAGGAUUUUUUAAAAUUCUGUUUAAACAGAGUUUUUAUAAUGUAUGUACAUUUUGUUGCAUUUUUUAAAUUAUAUUUCCAGCAGAAAUUGCUUCAGCAUCUAUUGUGUUGAGAAGGAAAAUAAUCUUAUGCAUGUUGUAUGAAAUUUCAUAGAUUGAAUUGCAAUCUGUUUUUACUGUACCUUAGGGUAAAUAAUAAUACUGAUAACAUUUAUCAUGUUCUGUACAGUAACAAUACCAUAUUGGUCAAGAUUACUGAACUAAAUUGUGAAAUUUUAAGAACUUGAUCUUCUGUUUGUGAAGAAAAAUUGCUUCUAUAUAUGAAGCCUCGUGAUUCAUUUUCUUUCAGUGCAAGAUGUAAUAUUCUUAGGAAAUAACAUGAAGAGUUUUGGUGCACAUUGCAUGAACUAAUUCUUGUUGCCAAUGUUAUUUGACUAUAAUACUAAGGUAAUACCUGUUGUAGUUUGAUUUCUGCUUAUUGCUGCGAUGAAAAGUUCCUUUGAAGGACGAGUUUCCUAUUUUGGCUUUUAAUCUCUUUGAUUACGCCAAACAGAUAUUUUCUAAACUCCUAAUGCCAAUACUUUACUUCUUAAAAGUAUAAUGAUAACGCAAUUUUAUGAAUUGUACUUUCUUUUCUGUGGUUGAUAGAGUGGACACUAUGAUCAUAUUCGAUCAGAUAUCAAAAAUGUUAUUCUUCUGAACAUUUUGUUAUCACUUUGUGGGAUUACAGCAACAUGAUCUAUUUUAAGAUCGGUUUAUUUUUUAACUGUGUUUUAUGUUGAACAGUUUUGUUCUGAUAAUAUUUGCUUCAUCAAAUAGUGGCUUUAAAACUGAUGUGAUCGGUUUAGGUCAGAAAAAAAGAUGUCUAUCUUCUCUUUUUAAAGUGUAGAGCUUUGUUUUACACGUUUGCAAAAUUUCAAAGAACAGUGAGUUCUUCAAGUUGUUUAUCUUUUAUAAAGAUGUUGUUCCUUGACUCUCUCUGAGUACACUGUCUUGUAGAAAUCUACAAGUUGAUGUUUGAUGUUUCAUCAGAUUUGUAUGGAGUUUCACAACUUCAAGUGUUUGAGGUAAUAAACACAA